AUGAUCAUUAAAUUAUGGACCCUUCUGCUCACAGUCAAGCUGUCAACAUCUGUCAGCUUCCCAGAGAAAGAGAAGAACCCCGACUACUGGCGUAAGCAGGCCCAGGACACCCUCAGCCAGGCACUGACCCUUCAGGACCUCAAUAAGAAUGUGGCCAUGAAUACCAUCAUGUUUCUGGGAGACGGUAUGGGGGUGUCAACGGUGACUGCUACUCGGAUCUUAAAGGGCCAACUAGCUGGACAACCAGGAGAAGAGACUGAGCUGGAAAUGGACAAGUUCCCAUAUGUAGCACUCUCAAAGACUUACAACACGAACGCCCAGGUUGCCGACAGCGCCGGCACUGCCACAGCCUACUUGUGUGGUGUCAAAGCCAACGAGGGGACAGUUGGUGUGAACGCGGAAGUGGUGCGGGGUCAAUGUAACACCACUAAGGGCAAUGAGGUGGACUCCAUCCUAAAGUGGGCCAAAGAGGCAGGGAAAUCAGUUGGAGUGGUGACCACCACCAGGGUAAACCAUGCAACCCCCAGUGCUGCCUACGCCCACUGUUCCAACAGAGACUGGUUUUCGGAUAAUGAGAUGCCCAAAGAAGCUGUGGAAGAAGGGUGCAAGGACAUCGCCUGGCAGCUCAUGUACAAUGUUCCUGAUAUAGAGGUCAUCAUGGGAGGGGGAAGAAAAUACAUGUUCCCUAAAAACACCCCCGACAUCGAAUACCCCAAAGAAGAGAAGGCAAAUGGGUCAAGGCUGGAUGGGCUAAACCUGACUAAGAUCUGGCUAGAAAAUAAGCCACCUAAUAAGAAAGCACGCUAUGUGUGGAACAGAGACCAGCUGAUGGAACUGAAACCACAAGACGUUGACUAUGUCCUGGCUCUCUUUGAACCCAGCGAUAUGCAGUAUGAACUGGACAGGAACACAAGUACAGACCCCUCCCUGGUGGAGAUGGUGAAAGUGGCCAUCAGUAUUCUGAAGAAAAACCCCAAAGGCUUCUUUCUCCUGGUGGAGGGUGGACGUAUAGACCAUGGACACCAUGAAGGAAAAGCCAAGUACGCUCUACACGAGGCCAUAGAGAUGGACAAUGCGAUUGGCUUGGCAGGGGAGAUGACCUCCACUGAGGACACACUGACGGUCGUCACCGCUGAUCACUCCCAUGUCUUCACAUUCGGAGGAUACACCCAUCGGGGAAACUCCAUUUUCGGUUUAGCUCCAGCUCUAAGUGACGUUGACCAGAAACCUUUGACCUCCAUCCUGUACGGGAAUGGCCCCGGCUACAAACUUGUGAGCGGGAGCAGGGAGAACGUCUCCACUGUGGACUAUACUCAAGCUGGAUACCAGGCUCAGUCCGCUGUUCCUCUGAGGCAAGAAACCCAUGGCGGAGAAGAUGUUGCCAUUUUUGCCAAGGGGCCAAUGGCUCAUCUCCUGCACGGCGUCCAUGAGCAGAAUUAUAUACCUCAUGUCAUGGCAUACGCCUCCUGCAUUGGACAGAACCAGAACCACUGCAAUUCCAGAAGCUCAGGCCACAGCUUAAAGACCUCAAUCACUCUGCUGUCCUCCACUUUAUCAGUCCUUGCUGCACUCCAAUUGUUUUGA